AAUAAUAAAAUAGUAAUAAUAAUAAUUAAAGUCAGCCCCAGUUAUUUUGGGGGCAAUGGGAGUAUUGGGAGUUAGCGUUCCGAACUGAUCUUAGGUUUUCCCUGCUUCUCCUACAUAUCAGAUCAGCCACACAAUUUAAAACAGAAACCCUCGGAGAUCUGUCUUUUGGAAAGUGUGGCAGUAAUUAACAAAUAAUCAUAAAGGCAUUUCUUCACUGAAAAAAAAAACAUUUCUAAAACAAUGCUUCUCUUCGAGACUAGUAAACCAUAUUCCGCACAACCGUAGUCAUUUGAAAAAUCAAGCUUAGCUCAACAGUGUUUGAGUGUGUGUUUUUUUGGCUAUUUUUUCAAUGUUACUCCUUUACUUUUGCCUCGUUCUCUUCCUCGAUCUCUGAGUCAAGAUUCUCUACGGAAUCGACUCAAAAUCGAGCUCACGCUACGUUCAGCUUAUUUAGGGUGAGAUGGUGUGGGGGUCUUCGGCCUUCAUGGGCAAGAGUGGUUUGUUGUUCUACGAUACUUCUGGAUGGUCUCUUCUGCGAAAAUCAUACACUAAAUCUGCGUUUGGGAGCAUGUACUGCGACUCGAAAACUGAUCGUUCGUAUUGCGCUAACCGAGUUAGCUCACGGCACGUAUUGGAGGAUCUGGGUGACUCAGGAACAGAAAGACCAGCCAAACGCCGGAUGACCCUUGACAUAGGCUUCUCGACGGGCUUUGUCGCUGCAGUGGCGGUUGCAGCGGCAAUGAAAUUAACCUCAUCUUCAUGCACCCCUCUCCGGCCAAAGGACAUCCGGGAGCUUCGACUCCACCGUGUCCGGUUGAAUCCUGGACUGGCGCACAGUAGCAGCAGCAGCAACGGAGAAAGCGUGAGAGAAACCUAACGUUCAUGCUAGCACAACGUGGACACUGUCACAUGGCAGUCGCCAAAAGUUCUACUUCUUACCAACUGAUGGCUACCUGGCUGUACCUUUUCCCCGGUCCCCAUUCUACUGCAAUUCCCUACAGUGAGCAAGAACGGCUAAGAAGGAAGUACACAUUUAAGUGUUUACAACGGAACGACUCGGUACAUCAAACGGGUCCUCCAGCCACUGGUUAUAGCUGCUGUCGCCCUAGACUGGUCCGCCUUAUUGCUUGUUAAGCCAAGUUAUCGAACGAGGCAAGCAUAUGGUUGUUCUUUUGAUCGUGUGCGUGGUAGCUAGGCCAUGCUGGCAAUACAGUUUGGCUGUACAGCCAAGAGUUUUCUGCCGUAAUCUGCACAGUUGACACCAAACUAGUGCCACAUAUGUGACGGACAGAACUACCUACGUGCUUCAUAAUGUAGUGGUUAAAGUUUUCCUAUUUCGAUGGGCCAGGCUGUGUGUUCCGGUCGCAACAAUAGAAACACGAAAAAAAGACAAUGCUGUAAAAUGAGAGAGUCGAAGUGGCGGAGAUCCCAAUGAGGCAAUUGGAUCGUGGCUAUAUUGUACUAGGUCCACGGCGACGCGGCAGAAUUAAGCCUAACACAGAAAGGAAACGGUACAAGCAAACAAUAGAGGAAGAAGAAAGAAGCAGGAACGACAAUGACAUCGUUUUUCCGUCUUUAUCGCUUCUCCAUCUGCCUCUAGAUGGCUGACUAACUGGCUGGAUCGUUGGGUCAGGUGGUAGCGUUACCGACGCCAGUCUUGUCGAAGAUCCUCCGUUACCAGGAGGCAAAGCGGAAAGCAUCCAAGGAAUUAUGUAGGAAUCACCAAAGGCGCUAUGUGCGAUACUCUGUUCCUAGCCUGUCUUCAACAUAUUUUGUCUUCCAUCGAGAUAGAGCAUUUGUGCCAACACUUUCCUCCCGUAGCACCUAGUUGCUUCGAACUCAUGCUGAGGCAAACAGAGUAAGUCGAGUGACUUCGUUCGAGCAGCGCCGUUGCCAUUCCAGGAGGCAGAGUGAGGUCAAUGUUAUACGCUUUUGCUCGUCCGUUCAGCCGCAUUGCGUCAAAGAAUAAAGCGGUUGCAUUUGCUGGCAAUCCCAUGCCAAGCAAUAACAAGUAGUAGGCUGGAAGCCUGAUGAAGGUAGCAGCCGACCGCCUGACGUCUCUCUGAUUGAAGACGAUUCGGGUUCACAAAACAGACGGCGCAAGAACGGAGCAGGCGACACUACUUUGACGCAGCCAGUCAGUCAAGCCGGCGUCACUCACGCACCCACGUUUGUCUUCUAUGCUCACCUCUGGCCCUCUCUUUCUCCUAUUUUUUUCUGCAGCUUCGUGGCUCUAUUUGUGUCAGUCAGCCAGUCAGCACCUCUAGAAGCAAAUUUUUUCGGGCAAAAGCGCGGGCUCGUCUACGUGAAAAUGGAUACACAUACAACAAGUUUGUACGUAAUCGUACAGUUAGAGCAGACCAAGAGAAAGAAAAACGGGCAAAAGACGAUUACAAGCAGACACUCGGGCACACAGCCGCGACGCAAAUAUCGGUAUCGCAUCUGCCAGUCGCUGCUUGUAGAGCCCGUGACACCAGGUGGUGCUGCUCCUUAGCAAACAACUGGAAAAAAGUACGCCAGAAAUGGGAAGGAAUCUUCAGCAGUGUUCGAUACAUGAUCUCAUAUAAAUAAAGUGGAUCCAUACACAUGGCCUCAAAAGCCAUUUUUCAAAAUAACAUUCUUAGUACAGCUUAUUAUAGGUAGCUGCCCCCAAGAAGAGGCACAAACAGAAAUGAAGCUUGAUAUGUGAAACAUAGAAGGUUAUGUCGUAGAGUACUAUCGGUUCUCUGAAACCCUUGUACCAUAAAUGUUCUCAGUCUUUUGGUGUAUCGCCGAAAUCACUAAACAGUUUGCCGGUGGCCAACUAACCCUAAAAAACUGGUACUGCAUAUUUGCUAUACUGUGCGUCUGUUUA